AUGGCCGGAAAACAGAUGCUUCCUGGUUGUUUUUUCGGUACAAUAUUCAAAAUCGAUUUUAUUAAGAACGAAAAAAAGCCAGAUGAGUUUACUCCUUCAAUAUUAAUCACAAAUAGAGAUGCAUUUUUAAUUUUAUCUCGAGACUGGAAAAAUCAAGUUGCCCGUGUAACAUCAGAUCAAGUUAAGAAUGCUCAAAUUGUUGAUAUUGGUGUCAAGCUUACUUAUAGAUCAGAUAACAAAGAUACUACAGUUGUUUUAAAGACAGCUAAAAGUAGUAAGCUGAUAAUGGCAAUUUUACCAGAAACACCCGAAAAGCCACUUCCUCCGCCAUUUUUAUCCACAGCAAAAUUGGCACCAACUUUCAAAUUUGAUCAAGCACAAAUCGAUAAACUAAUGAAUAACUUUGCUGGAAUUGUAUCAGCAUUCUAUGGACCAUUCAUGGUUGAUAGAUUACCCAUUGUAAUGUUCCCAGAUUUACUUAUGUGCCUUUACCGAUUCAGAUUUUCUCAAAAAUCAUUGCCGGAUUUCCAAGAUAACUGCAAGCAAAUACUUAAAGAGCUAAAAUUGCACUUUUGUAUCGAAUGGGCUAAUGGAAUUAAGAAAGCUGCUCAAUUUGAUCCAAAACAAAAGAAUGGAUACGACUACGCAUUACGUAUUGUUGUUAAUUCAACAGCAGAUAUGAAUAAUAACCAAAGCUAUUCUAAUUCAUCGCCAACUGACUUUUUCAAAACAGUUUGCGAGUUAGCAGAGCGAGGAGAUGGAUCCAAUCUUACAGCUGAAGCUAAGAAAUACGUAGCAAACGUAAAUAACGAGCUUCAGGCAGAAUUUCAAAAUACUCCAUGUGUUGAUACGAAAAUGGUCGAAUUAUAUUAUAAAUUACUUAUUUUGUUAUUCUGCGGUACUCAAAUUAACAUUGCGGCCCAAGAUAUCGAAAAAUUGACGAUACGAGCAAUAGAUUUUUGUCUGGCAUAUUACUCAAAGUAUCUUGAGGAAGACAGGUUCAGACACUUAAGAAAAACUGUAGAUCUUUAUGCUCACGAAAUUAUCAGAUUAAUGGACAAAAAUCGAUAUGAUCCUGUAUUCCGAUUUGCUUUUAUAGGAUUCCACCUUUCGAAGGAAAUCCUCAGAAUCAAGCUUUGA